UCCUAAACAGGAAUCAUAACCGUACGAUCUUCAAACUUGCUCGACAUUUAAACGCUCCUGUCUGAAAUGAAUAGAGACUAUAUAUUCGUUCUUUAGUAGUCUUUGGAAAAUCGAUGGCCCAGUUGCUACAGGCAAUAGUUAAAAAAGGAAACACUUGCUUUUUUUUCUACAGAGAGAAGAACCAGAGUCUGAAGCACUCUGACACAGUGCCUUCUAUUAUAUAUUAUUUAUAAAGAGAGGCAGACAGGCAGAAAGAGAGAGAAAGUUGAAGGUAAUUUGAUUUUUGAAUUUUUGAUUUUUGAAUUUGAUUGGGGUCGUUUCCUAAACCUCGAAUGCUUAAAUAGGUUUUGAAUUUGGUUUGUCUUCAAAGUUUAAGAUCUUCCAUCAGGGAACAAAAAAUGGGUUCUGGGUUUUUUUUAUUCUUUUAAAGAAAUCUGAUUGUGCGUUGCAGGUUUCACAUUUGGAGUAAAGGAAAGAGUUUUCUUAUUUCCUUGUUUGGAAGCCAUGGUGUGUUGCUGAUUCUUAGAAGCGUAUUUUUUCUGGGUCGGGGAAUUGAGAGAGAAAGUGAAAGAAAAGUUUGAAGCUUAAGCUACAGUUGGGUUGCUUGGUGGAAAAAAAGGAACAAGCUUUGGAGUCACUGAGUCGUAAAGCCUCGAGCAGAGGGUAUUGACCAUUGGAGAAUAAUUGGUGGCUGUAAAUGGUGGAGACUAGAGUGUGCUUGUGAAUUACAAGGAAAGUCAAAGCAAUUUUGAGCUCUAAUGAUCAUUUGGAUCAAAAUCCAUAUCUGAAUCAUGGGAGAAGGUACUGGAAAUGGGGUUUUGGCUGAUGGUAAGUCGGCUGAGGAGUGGUUAUGGCAUGCUCAAGAACUUGUUCCCAUGGCACUUGAUAAGGCAAGGAAGGUGAAGGGGUUCCCCGGUAGGUGGAAGAUUAUAAUUUUCAAAUUGGAGCAGGUCCCGUCACGGUUAUCGGACUUGUCGAGCCAUCCUUUCUUUUCGAAAAAUGCUCUUUGUAAGGAGCAACUGCAGGCUGUGUCAAAGACAUUGAAGGAAGCCAUUGAAUUGGCAGAUUUAUGUCUGAAGGAGAAGUAUGAGGGGAAGCUUAAGAUGCAGAGUGAUCUCGAUGCGUUGUCUGGGAAACUGGAUCUGAAUUUAAGGGAUUGUGAACUUUUGAUCAAGACUGGUGUACUUGGUGAAGCUACUUUGCCUGUAUCUUUAGUUGGUUCGUCAUCGGAAUCGGAGACUGCAACACACGGCCAUCUAAAGGAAUUGCUUGCACGUCUUCAGAUUGGGCACUUGGAAGCAAAGCACAAAGCUGUUGACAGCCUUGUUGAGAUUAUGAAGGAGGAUGAAAAGGGUGUGUUGUCUGUUAUGGGACGGAGUAACAUCGCUGCUUUAGUCGAGUUGUUAACAGCAACUUCUCAUCGUAUCCGGGAAAAGACUGUGACUGUAAUCUGCUCACUUGCAGAAUCUGGGAAUUGUGAGAGCUGGCUUGUUUCGGAAGGUGUUUUGCCUCCUCUCAUAAGGCUUGUUGAAUCUGGCAGCACAGUUGGUAAAGAGAAGGCAAUAAUUUCACUGCAGAGGUUAUCGAUGACCACAGAAACAGCCAGAGCAAUUGUAGGGCAUGGCGGGGUUCGACCACUAAUUGAAAUCUGCCGGACUGGGGGCUCGGUGUCACAGGCUGCAGCUGCUAGUACAUUAAAAAACAUAUCAGCUGUUCCCGAGGUUCGACAAGUGCUAGCAGAGGAAGGAAUCAUAAAAGUGAUGAUCAAUCUCCUUGAUUGUGGAAUUUUGUUGGGUUCAAAAGAGUAUGCUGCAGAAUGCUUGCAGAAUCUCACUGCCAGCAAUGAGAAUCUGAGAAGGUCUGUUGUUUCAGAAGGUGGAAUUCGAAGCCUAUUGGUAUACCUUGAUGGUCCUUUACCCCAAGAAUCAGCAGUUCGAGCUUUGAGGAACUUGGUUGGCUCGGUAUCGAUGGAAGUUCUUGUAUCACUUGGCUUCCUCCCUCGAUUAGUUCAUGUGCUCAAAUCUGGAUCAUUGGGUGCACAACAAGCUGCUGCAUCAACCAUCUGUCAAGUUUGCAGAACAAAUGAAACAAAAAAGCUGGUGGGCGAAGCUGGCUGCAUUCCUCUUCUUAUUAGGAUGCUUGAGGCUAAAUCAAACAAUGCUAGAGAGGUAGCUGCUCAAGCCCUUUCAAGCUUGGUAACUGUGUCCCAGAAUUGCAGGGAAGUGAAAAAGGACGAUAAAAGUGUGCCAAAUCUGGUCCAGUUGCUUGAUCCAAGUCCCCAAAACACCGCAAAAAAGUAUGCAGUGUCUUGCCUGGCAUCUCUCUCAUCAAGUAAGAAAUGCAAAAAGCUUAUGAUCUCAUAUGGAGCCAUUGGGUAUCUCAAGAAGCUUUUCGAGAUGGAAACCCCUGGUGCCAAGAAGCUACUUGAGAGGUUGGAAAGGGGAAAACUUAGAUGUUUGUUUAGCCGGAAGUAGGGGGGAAGAAAUUGGAAGAAACACUCCCGUUUUGUAUAAUGAAAAUUUCCCAUUUUCUUGUUUCAUCUUCUUUCCUACCUCCUUGUAUUAUGUUUCAUUGCCUGUAUUAAAACAAACUAGUUAUGUGCUAUCAAUGUUUUUAUAUUUAUCAUAA